AUAAAUCUUAUCAAAUAUCAAUAGACAUUUAGUUUUAUGAUUGAUAAAUGGCCUGAAAAAUUCGAGGAGCCCUUAAAUAAUAUGAUAAAUUCAGUAAUAGAAGAAAUUUCGAGAAGAAGCAACUGUAUAGUUUUUAUAAUAGAUCCAUUUUACAAUCGUUUAUUGCAGUAUUAUUGGAUGAGUAAAAAAUUAACCUCAUAUUUUACAAUAAACUUACGAGAAAAUGAAGAAUUCAAUCCUCCAAAACAAAAAAUCAACAGAACAUUAAUAGCAAGUAAAAAUUCUGCUUGUGACGCUUAUGUUAUUCUUAUUUCCAAUGGCUGUCAAGUUAAUGAGCUUCUUCAAUAUGCUGAGAGUGAACGCUUAUUAAAUACACAAAGUUUAUUUCUCUUAAUCCAUGAUACUAGAUUAUUUACUGCAGAAAUGAAAUAUUUAUGGAAUAGAAUAACAAAGUCUAUAUUUAUUCGUAUAUUUAAUAAUUUGAAUGUACGUUUAGGAGAACGAAUGAACAAUGAAUGGUUUAAUUUAGAAACGAUUCGCUAUCCCCUUUAUUCUGAUAGUUCAAUCAUAACUUAUUAUGUUAAUACGUGGUAUAAAGGAAAAUUUCGUUAUGAGAAAAAAAAUUUAUUUAAGAAAUUAAACAGCUUCAAAGAUCUUCAAAAUCAAAAACUCAAAGUUGCUAUAUUUGAACACAUACCAGCUGUAACAAAAUAUUCUCGGAUGUUCUAUGAAAGAUACCAUCAUUCAGCCAAUAAAGCUUUAGGAAUUGAAUUUGAAAUUAUAAGACUUUUAUCACAAAAAUUGAAUUUCAAACCAAUCUAUUACCGACCCAGUGAUAUAGAAACUUCAAAAUGGGGGACACCUGAUGGCAAUGGAAGUUAUAAUGGUCUUCUUGGUGAAGCUGUUGAGGCAAAGGCGGCAUUUUUACUUGGCGAUUUUUAUUAUACUCUUCAGCAUUAUAGACUUUUAGAACUAUCUUAUCCGUACAAUACUGAAUGUCUUACGUUUCUUACUCCCGAAGCAUUAACUGAAAAUUCUUGGAAACUUUUAAUCGUGCCAUUAAAAUUAUACAGCUGGAUUGCUAUUAUUUUGAUACUCUUUUUAGUUGCAUUUACUUUUCGGCUUUUUGCUGUAUUUUAUCAAAAUCAAAUAAUGCCGUUUAAAUUGUAUGAGAAUCAAGACUCAAACAAUCUAAAAGUUGUGAAUAAAGAAAAAUCAUUAAUUGGCGUAAAUAAUAAAGUUAAAGGUUUGGCACUAUUUACUGAUAUGCAAAAUUCUCUACUUUACACUCAUAGCACUCUGUUGCAAGUAUCUCUACCUAAGCUUCCUGAGAUUUGGGCCCUUAGAGUAUUUAUAGGUUGGUGGUGGCUUUAUUGCAUCUUAGUAACUGUUAUUUAUCGGGCUAGUUUAACUGCAAGUUUGGCUAAUCCUAUUGGAAGAGUUACCAUAGACACAUUCACUGAGCUAGCAAGGAGUUCAAUAACGGUUGGGAGUUGGGGUGAAAAUAAAAAAGAACCAUUUAUACUAUCUUCAGAUAUUGAGUUAAACAAAAUUGGUGAAAGAUUUGAAAUAAUUAAUAAUGAAGAGGAUGCGGUUGCACGAGUUGCUAAUGGAACUUUUGGUUAUUAUGAAAGUGUUUAUGUUUUAAAAGAAGCUCGUGCAAAAAGACAAUUGUUGAAUGCUAUGGAGAAAAAAAAAGCAAUAGAGCAAAAUCAAAAUUUAAUUAUCGACCGGGAUUUACACAUUAUGAAAGAAUGCGUUAUUCACAUGCCUAUUUCUAUUGGAAUGGACAAAAAUUCUCCUCUUAAACCCGUAGUUGAUGAAAUUAUAAGAAACAUUAUAGAAAAUGGUUUAGUGGAAAAGUGGUUAAGUGACGUAAUGGAAUGGUCUAAAAUUGCAGAAAUCAAAACAGAAAAUGUGGCACCAAAAGCUCUAAUGGAUCUUAAAAAACUUUAUGGAGCUCUUAUAGUUCUAGGAGUAGGUUGUUUCGUUGGUUUAACUACACUACUUAUUGAGAAUUUACACUGGAAAUAUAUCGUAGUAAAAAAUCCUGAAUUUGAUAAAUAUCAGAUGGAUCUUUUUUAUAAAAAAAUAAAACAGAAAAAAUAA